AUGCAUUUAUUCCAAAUUUCUAAGCCAUCUGAUUUUAAGUUUGAUUCUAUUGCCUCAUUGAUUUAUGAUUAAUAUUUAAUGCGCUAACAAUAACAACUACCAAGGUUGUCAGAAGAUGAAUAAUUUCCAGGUCGUUUACAUACAUAAUCUCGAAAACUCAAGUUUGGAAGUACAUAACUCUAUCAAAUUUGAAUUUUAGCUACUGAUAACUUCAAUAAGAAAUCAAAAAAAUAAAGUCCAAUGGCUGAGUCUUAAUUCAUUAAAUAAAUUGAUACAAAAUUAGAGCAAUAUAAUAAGGACAUCGAAUUACGCAAUGAUAUGAUUGUUACUAUAGAAAAAGGUUUUGAAUCUGUAAGACAAGAAUUGAUAAAAGAGAAAUUAUUAAAUGAAGAAAAAACUAAACAAUUAUAAGAUUUAGGAUAAUAAUAUCAAUCAGCACAAUUAAAACUUAAAUCUAUCCAUGAAUCCAAUAAAAAUAUAGGAUAAUAAGGAAUUGAUAAGGAUAAAGAUAAAAUUCAGCAAUUAGAAACUGUUUAAAAAGCUAUUUUAGCAAAAGAACAUUAAUUAAAUUAAACUAUAGACACACUCAAUACCUAAUUGAAUGAUAUUACUCAUAAAAUAAAAAUCAAAGAAGAAAUGCCUGAUGAUUCUAAAAAAUUGAAAGAUUUAAUUAAGAAGAGUGAAGUAUUAAAUAUUAUUAUGUUCUUAAGGAGAAAAAAUAUAAAUCAUAAGUUAUCAUGGAUGAACUUAAAAAGAAUUUAGAAUCCAUUUAAUCUGAGAAGUUAUUAAUUAAAAAUCAAAUGGAUCAAUAUAAAAAAGAAUACUUAACUAAAGAAGAAUGUUUAUCAUCUGAAUUCAAUAAUACUUAAAAUAGAGUUAAGGAGUUAUAAAAGGAGAGAAAUUAAUUACAAGAAUAACUUAAGAAGUAACCUAUCAACUUUUAAGAUUAAAAUAAUAAAUUAUAAGAAGCAGUCAAUUAAUUUAAAUAACAAUUGACUGAAUAAAAUAAAUUAAAAGAUGUAUAUAUUUUAUUUUUUAUUUAAGAAAGAAAUACAUUAAUGGAAUGGAAAUCUUGAUAUUUAAAUAAAAAAUUUUGAUCAAUUGACUCAUUAAAUUGAAGAAUAUAAAUUAAAAAUUGAAACUUCUACAAAGAACUUAAAUGAAAAGACUAUUUCUGUAGAAUAAAUUAAUAAAGCUAUUGGAGAAUAAGAAAAAUCUCUUAAAGAUUAAUAAACAGAAAUUAAAUUAUUAAAUUAAAAAAUAGAUGAAUUUAAUAAGAAAUUAGGUGAUUCUAAACCAAAAAACAUGUCUUAAGUCAUUGAAACUAUUGCCAUCUUAGAAAAAACUCAUGUAUUCCAUAAUCACUAAACUUUUAGAAAGAAAUUGAAAAAGGUCUUGCUUGUACUUUCUGCAAUAAAUUCAUAAAAUAACCAGUUACUAUUAUACCUUGUGGUCAUUCCUACUGUUUUGAAUGCAAAAAAGGAUAUUAAAAGGAAUGUUUCAAAUGUGGACCUAAAUUGAAAAUUGAAGCAAUGUAUAGAAAUGAAUUAUUGGAUGAUAUUAUAGAAAUGGUAAAAUUAGUUGAGUAAAGCAUUUUGAACAUGAAAUAAAUUACUUAAAAUUAAUGA